AUGCAACAAUCAGAAGCCCAACAUAAACAUGAAGAAUCUCUAGAUAUCGAAACUCAAAAAGUCAUGCAAGAAAUCAAACAAGAAAUGCCCCCAACUUAUUCUGCCGAAGCCCCAAAGCUAGAUUCUAAUCUAGUUAACAAUUCUGAAGAAGAAGAACACAAGUUUGAUGCGCAAGUCGAUAGUUUAUUAAGUAUUUUGAUUAAUUCAGUCUAUUCCAGUAAAGAUUAUUUUUUAAGAGAGCUUAUCUCUAAUGCUAGUGAUGCAAUUGAUAAGAGAAAAAGAUCUCUUUACGUUUCAGGUACUUGCAAUGAAGAAUUAGCCAUUAAAAUAGUCCCAGAUAGUGAUAAAAACACAAUCACAAUUAUUGAUAACGGAAUUGGUAUGAGUAAAGCCGAUUUAAUCAACUUUUUAGGUAGUAUUGCUACUAGUGGUACUAAAGAGUUCAAAAAGAAGAUUGCUAAUACUGAGAAUCCGGAUAUGGGUGCUUUAAUAGGUCAAUUCGGUCUUGGAUUCUACUCAGCCUUCUUAGUAGCCGAUCAAGUAGAUGUGAUUACUAAAAAGGAAGAAGAUGUACCUUAUAUCUGGAGUAGUAGAGGACCGGGUGGGUUUGUUAUUGCUCCGUACCAUAGUGAAGUCCCUCAAGGUACUUCAGUUGUCCUUCAUAUUGCCGAAAGGUGCAAAGAGUACUUAAAUACUACUAAGUUAGAGAAUAUCAUUAAGGCCCAUUCAGCCUUUGUAGCUUAUCCUAUCUAUCUUUACGUCCUAUCAGAAAAGACCAGAAAAGUACCUAAACCAGAUACUGAUAAGCCAGUAGAAGAGAUUAAGGAGGAAGGUGAAGAUAAAGAUAAGGAUGGAGAGAUUAAAGAGGCCGAUGAAGUAGUUGAUGAAGAGAAGGAGAGUGAAGAGGUUGAAGAGACCUAUACUGAAGGUGAGUACAAGCACUUGAAUGCUCAAGCUCCCAUUUGGUCACGAAAUCCUCGUCAGGAGACUAUUACUGAAGCGGAGUAUGAGAGUUUUUACAAGACUUUAUCCAACGACUGGGAGAAGCAUAUUGCUGUUAACCAUUCUUUUAUUGAAGGCGGUGAUAUUGAAAUGCAAGUUUUACUCUUCUUACAAAGUCAUCCAUCUUAUGGUGUUUUUGAUAGGGGAAGUAAACCUCCUUGCAAUAUUAAGUUGUACGUUCAGAAUGUUCUUAUUACUAGUGACUUAUCGGAAGCAGUACCCGAAUGGAUGUCCUGUGUGCAUGGAGUAGUUAGUUCUAAAGACAUUCCAGUGAAUGUAUCUCGAGAAGUAGUUCAAGGUAAGUCAGUUAUGAACUUGAUUAAGCGGGUUUUAGUUAAGAAAACUAUUGAUAUGUUCAAAGACUUAUCUAAAGAUAAGGAAAACUUCAUGAAAUUUUACAAACACGGUGCAACUAAUAUUAAACUAGGUAUUUACAAGGAAUCUAGUGAUAUUGCGCAAAAACUAGCUAAGUUCCUGUACUUCCCUUCUUCUAAGAGUGAAGAACCUAUCUCUCUUGAUGAGUACGUUAGUCGUAUGGCCGAAGGACAAAAACAGAUCUAUAUUCUAACGGGUAUUAGUUUAAACGAGUUGAAGAGACAUCCUAUGUUGGAGAAGGUCAAGAAGUACGAAGUACUUUACAUGGCUGAACCAAUUGAUGAGUUUGCUAUUCAGGCUUUGAACAAGUACAAUGACUUGCCUUUCCAAAGAAUUACUAGUGAUGGUUUAGAACUACCUGGUGAGACUAAGGAUAUGCAAGCUGAGGAGGAGAAUUAUAAGACCUUUGUAGAGAAGGCUAAGACUGUUUUAGGAGAAGGAGUUGAGAAGGUUGUUCUAUCUGGUGAUUUGGUAGAGAGUGCUUGUACGAUUAAGAGUGGUAAGUACUCCUACUCGGGAGCAAUGGAGCAUAUUAUGCGUACUCAGCCGGGUCAGGCUUCUAAUCCUAUGUUUGCUUCUGGGUACUUGACGAAGAAGAUCUUUGAGAUUAAUCCGGGCCAUCCGAUUGUCCAGGGACUGAAACGUAAGUUUGAUGCGGGUCAGGACAGUGAGUUUGAAAGUGGUAUUAAGUUGAUUUAUGAGACAUCUUUAUUGGCUUGUGGGUACCCGAUUGAGAACUUAGGUGACUUUGCCUCUAAAGUCUUUAACUAUAUUGAAACUGGCAUUAAAAAGGACUGUGAAGGUCAAGUUGAAGUUAGUCAAACUGAAACUACUCAGGCCGAGGCUGCCCCAGCUGCUUAA